GGCCUCUGCCUGCAGCUCCGCAUCCUUCGACCCCGGCUAGCUGGCUCAGCGGACCUGAGAGUCCGCUUUACUUCGCGUCCCACCAGCUACUCUGCAGCUUUUCCCUACCUUACCUUGCCCAGCCUCCACUAUACCGGUAGUUUUCGAGCGCCAGCGGGCAGGCGCAUGCAUAAACCACCGGGCAAGCAGGGACUAACUGUCAGUUCAGUUGUGCGAGUUAAGGCGGCGAGAUACCAUCUUGUUCUUGUCUCCUGGGCGAUUUCAGACAGAUCACUUGCAGACCUGUUGAACAGCCUGUCCGAUUGAGUAGCUCGCGUCAAAUACUGCACAAACAUUGCUACGCAAACAAUGCGCGCGUUAAUCGUUGUCUACCUGCCUGCGCCAUAGAUACCCAACUGCAUGUUAUUAAGGUACCCAGGUACACUUGUAGGUACGAAAGGUUCGCUCGCCCCUCUCUGCAUCGUCCAGCCCGAAUACUCGAGCGGUUACCUACUUGAGAGAUCAUCAUUUUGCCCGACCGGUCAGUUAAUAAGUCGCAUUUUCGUCACGGGACGAGCAAAAACAUAGUCUCGACUCACCGCUCUUGCCUGUUGGCGGGUUUGACAGGCCAAUUCCUGACUCCGCGGAGCUCGAGACACCGUCAAAGUGGAUCUUGACCGGUCGCCUCGAGCAACUUUUGAAGUUUUUUGAAUGGCACACUCCGGCCCGCGCGGCGAUUAACACUCGGCAUGCUGCAGUGUAUUUUUUGGCUUGCGCUUAUCAUUUUCCUUCGACAGAGCCAUCUCGAGAGGAGCUCCUCUCGUUUGGACUUAUCGUUGAUCAGCUGUCUAGGUCGGGUUGAGUCCAAGUGCAAUUUGCACACUAGUGAGGUGGUAGCUUGCAUUCACGCAUCUACCCGCACGGGCUAUCCAUCCGCUCCAACAAGACGUGCCUGUCAUCUGAAGUUCUACGAAUAAGAUGGUGCAUAUCGGAUCAACAUUGCUCCCAUCAGAUUGUAACUUCAAUAUCCCAAAAAACGCCUCUCCAUCACGAAGCGACUGCAAUAGAGUGGAGCCGACUGCCCUACAAACGGCACUAUUAUCCAGACAUGUGGGAUCAUCUCAUCAUGCAAAAGUCAGGAUAUCAAGGUCUACUUACUCCCUGGCAUCAUACGCCGCCGGCCUGCGGGCUUUUGCAUCGAUUCCCCCAGUACCCUAGGCAAUCAGUACAGUACCGGGAGGCUUGUUUGCUCGCCGUAAAUAUCGAAUAUCGUAUGCGACAUCCUUAAGGGGCACCACGUGCAAGCGAGCACAAGUCAUAUCACUCAUGCCUGACUUUCUUUCACCCACCGAUCGAGCAUUUUCGGUGAGCUAAGCCACGAACUGUCUAGGCUGAGGCCUGACACAGGUCUCGUUUUGCAUAGCUUUCGUAAGGAAGUUGACUUUUUCGACAUCAUCGAACAAUCCUUUGGGUUUGGGGGAAAAUCUGGACCUGACUGCAAAGUCUUUAGACUUUGGUUUACCAUCACCAGGUCACAGAACGGAUUGAUCGCAAACGAGCGUGCUGGUCCGGAUAGUCUUUUGCGCCUUCGGAUCGCUUUGUGGCCCACGGUUCUCUGUUCGUCGGGAAGAUUCGUUCCAGGGCAGGAAUCCAGCCCUUAGCGCUUUGGCUACCCGGACUGGCUUGACUGCCAGUAUUGCACGGCAGUACCGAAUCACAGAUGUCAAUCUAAAGGAGAAGGGGGUGUGGUUCCGGUGUGAUUCCUAGCCCGAGAUCAUCGGAAGUCUGUCGAGACCAGGGUGUUCGCAAGUAGGCGAAUGUCGGGGAUCAUGAAGGUCUCAUUCAACCCGAUAUCUCUAGCCGUUGCUGUCACACUGAUUCAUCACUGGUGGCGAUGUCGAAGUGAUGCCUUUCAUGUUCUGUCCAUGUCAAAACAUGCAUUGAUAUCGUUACUAAAAUUUCACCGCGGCUAAGUACAGGAUACCUCCACUUUGAGGCCUCAUUCCUUCGCUUGGGUUUUGCCCAAUCACUACGGGUCAUUGGAACUCACCGGGCGGGGGCUUUUUGUAGGUCAGAUGAGGCAUACUCCGAGUCCAUGGCCCACCUCUGCCAGCGACACACCGACAUAUACACUCCAGCCGCAAAGCUUCCUUGUUCUACAAAUCCCAAUCAACACCAGUUUGGCUUCAUUUUCUCGUACCAAUGAUUUCCGCAUUGACAUGGACGAUCGAUAGUGGACCAGUUCAAAUGGGUUAUCUGUGGAUCAGCGGGUGUCGUUGUCAUGUAAGGGGCGAACGACUUUAUACCACAAAGCAUUAUUAACAUCUUCCACCGAGGGAGUAUUCACCGCCACUGUUCUCUAUCAACAUCCAGAGACGAUGCGCCGACGGAAUCUUGCAUGUUUGCCGAUUUGUUUGUCACUUCAUUGGCUUGUGGGGACCCCGGAAAUCCGUUCCGGGUGUUUGUAUCAUCCACCCACGUCCAGUAGGGGGUGUGUUUUGGAGAAAAGUGACAGGAGAGAUGGGGUGAUUUUCUAGACUUUCAUUGCUAGCAUGAGAUCAGGAACAUCAUGAGAGGAAGGUAUAGACCGACGUCUGAUGAACAUAAAUACCCACAGUUCUUGACACCUUCCGACGUUUUGUUCUUCUUGGUCAAUCAUCACUUCCCGGACACACUUGCGCUUUCCUCUGAUUUGUAUAUCACCUUCCCCGGCUGCUAAUUGACUGCCUGGCACUUUUUCUGAUCUGUCACUUUCCAAGGAUCUGCCAAACCUGCAUCAUCUAUCUGCCUUACCUUAUUUACUCGUCCGUGGCUUUGCCCUCUUUGGUCUUCCCGAGCAUCCACCCAUUCCAACCUCUUUGCAAACCUCCCCGAACAUCCACCCAUCUCCAGCCUCUUUGCAAACCUUCCCCAUCUCCAGCUGUUACCAUGUCGUUCUCUCAAACCCUCUGCGAGAACAUGAUCAGCACUCAGCAGGUCCGCUCACGCUCUGCAAGCGUCUCUAGCCAGCUGUCUGUGACCCUGCGCUCGAGCGAGGCGACAGAGACCACCGACCCCGCCCACACAGCAGACUGUGUGGCACAGCUACCAAAGGAAGUCACAGGCAACCUAGUCUGGUCUGGUACAGACGCUUCUGCACCCGUCAACCAUGUCAUCCAGCUUGAUGUGGCUGAUGUGCUCGAGAUUGAGAAUGCGGUUGUGUCCUUCAAGGCUCGGGAGCUCCACGGUGACAAAGUCAGCUGCGAGACCUUUCCCCUCUCGGACAAUCUGAGCGCCCGGCUCCGUAGUGCAUCCGAUGCCGUUCACACCAAGCAGGGCUUCUGCGUUCUGAGGGGCCUCGAGGCUUCCAGGUACUCUGCUGAGGACAACACUUUGAUCUUCCUGGGAGUUGCUAGCCAUAUCGGCAACGUUCGGGGAAUCCAGGACGGCAAUGGAAACAUGCUAAGCCAUGUCACGUCGUCCAAAGCGUGGGAGUCUCUUCCUGACAGGCUUCGUCACGGCGUUCACACCAACAAGAGCAUGCCAUUCCACAACGAUAUGGGUGCAGACAUUCUUUGUCUGCACUACCGCCAAGUGGCCAAGGAGGGUGGCUUCAUCCAUCUCUCCUCGGUUGCCACCAUCUACAACGAGCUCGCAGCCAAGUAUCCCGAUGUCCUCGAGGUGUUGGCCACCCCGAACUGGCCCAUUCAGAUUACCAAAACCCGCCUUCGCCACUUCCUGGCCUCUCUCAUCUCAUACCAUGAUGGCAAGGUCAUUGCAAGCCUCGACCCGGGCCGCCUGGGCAGACAACAGGCAAACCCGGAGCACGUCCCCAACAAGGCUAGCACAGUCGCAGGAUCCUCGCUGUUCCGUGUGCCCACCCUCACCCAGGUCCAGCGCGACGCCCUGGCCGUCUUUGACCAGCUGGCUCACAAGCACAAGAUUUCUGUGGGCGCGCAGGCCGGCGACAUUCUCUUCGUCAACAACCUGGCUCUGGUGCAUGCGCGCGAUGCUUACACCGACGAGGAGGCCGUGGGCGGUCAGCGCCGUCACGCCGUCCGCAUGUGGCUCCACGACGAGAAGCUCGCUUGGUCUCGCCCGGCUGGCAUGCGGGCGCCGUGGCUCGCCGCGUUCGGCUACUACUUCAAGCCUCAGGGCGCCGUGGUCGAUGGUGCAGAAGACGGCAGCUCUGCGCGGGCUCGCCGCGUGGUCAACCGCAAGUAUCCCAUCGUCCCCGCUGUCGAUUACCGUAUCCCCAAGUACACGGCUGGCUCUGCUGCGUUUGUGCUCGACAGCAGUGAUGACGAGGUGGAGUACCUCGACGACGACAGCGACUUGGAGUGAGGUGUGACUUGUUGGUGUGCAUUGGCAGUCACGUUUUACAUCCGAGUCUCUUGUUUCUUCCUCAUCCCACUAUCGUAUACUAUCACAUGCUCUUGCUCUGUUCUGAGCAGGAAGUCACUCGCUAUUUGUUUUGGGGGCUAUCCUUUUCUUCGUUUCCGCCAUAUCAAAAGGCAACCAAAAGUUUCUGUUCAUUUUUUCUCUCGUUUCUUCCCAAAUAUGUACGACCGAUGUUUACUCGUGGAAUCACCGGCCCCAGCUAGUUGUGAUGGACAAGGCGGAACAGCACACCAAGAAAUCCAUCACAUCUCCACCGUUUUAUAUGAAGUAUUAAAGUCGUGCGUAAAUAAAUAAAUACACCACCGAGCUAAGCGUCCA